AAAAAGAGAGAGAGAGGGUAAACUUUGCGUGGUUGUGGUUUAGUCGCUUUUUGGGCUCACCUUGGCUCAUCAGCCCAACAUACCAUCGCGUAGAUUUGCGCAAGAGGGAGGAAUCCCCUUUUGGAGAGAGAGAGAGAAAGAGGAGGGGGGAGGCUGCGUGCUCUAAAGCUGUUCAUGCCGGAUAAAGUUUAUGAGCAGAGAGGUAGAGGUGCGAGGAUAAAGACUCGACUGCACAUAUUCUGAUAAAACUUGCAGGGAAGUCACUGGUCGCAUCCGAUUUGCGAUGGGCACCUUGCGCGACCUCCAGUACGCGCUUCAGGAGAAGAUCGAGGAGCUGCGCCAGAGGGACGCGCUCAUCGACGAACUGGAACUGGAGCUCGACCAGAAAGACGAGCUUAUACAGAGACUACAGAACGAGCUGGACAAAUACCGAUCCGUGAUCAAACCGGCAACCCAACAGGUCCACAAGCAGAACGAGCUCCACGAGCAGCAGCGCACCAAGAGACAGGCGAUUUCGGCCGAACCCACCGCCUUCGACAUCCAGGAUCUUAGCCAUGUCACCUUACCUUUCUACCCCAAAAGUCCACAGUCUAAGGAUCUGAUCAAGGAGGCAAUCUUGGACAAUGACUUCAUGAAGAACUUGGAGCUGUCACAGAUUCAAGAGAUUGUGGACUGCAUGUACCCUGUGGAGUAUGGAAAGGACAGCUGCAUUAUCAAAGAGGGCGACGUGGGCUCACUGGUCUAUGUUAUGGAAGAUGGGAAGGUGGAGGUGACGAAGGAGAGCCUGAAGCUUUGCACCAUGGGGCCGGGGAAGGUGUUUGGAGAGCUGGCUAUUCUCUACAACUGCACCAGGACCGCGACUGUCAAAACUCUUACAAAUGUGAAGCUGUGGGCCAUCGACCGACAAUGUUUUCAAACUAUCAUGAUGAGGACGGGCCUCAUCAAGCACACAGAGUACAUGGAGUUUCUGAAAAGUGUUCCUACAUUCCAUGGCCUGCAGGAAGAUAUUCUAAGCAAACUCGCUGAUGUCCUUGAAGAGACACAUUAUGAAGAUGGAGAGUACAUCAUCAGACAGGGGGCCAGAGGAGACACCUUCUUCAUCAUCAGCAAAGGAAAGGUUAAUGUGACCAGGGAGGACUUGCCCAAUGGAGAGCCUGUCUACUUGCGAAGCCUCGGGAAAGGAGACUGGUUUGGAGAAAAAGCCUUGCAAGGGGAGGACAUCAGGACGGCUAAUGUCAUCGCAGCAGAGGCAGUCACCUGUCUAGUCAUUGACAGAGAUUCAUUCAAGCACCUGAUUGGAGGGUUGGAGGAUGUGUCCAGUAAAGGCCAUGAAGAUGCUGAUGCCAAAGCCAAGUAUGAAGCAGAGAAUGCGUUUUUCUUCAACCUCAACCUCGCCGACUUCAACAUCAUUGACACUUUGGGGGUCGGAGGAUUUGGACGUGUUGAACUGGUUCAGCUCAAAAGUGAUGAGAAUAAAACGUUUGCCAUGAAGAUUCUAAAGAAGCGUCACAUUGUCGACACCAGACAGCAGGAGCACAUCCGCUCAGAGAAACUUAUCAUGCAGGAGGCGCACUCCGACUUUAUUGUUAGACUCUAUAGAACAUUCAAGGACAGCAAGUACCUCUACAUGUUGAUGGAGGCUUGUUUAGGAGGAGAGCUGUGGACCAUUCUGCGAGACAGGGGUUCAUUUGAGGACUCGACCACCAGGUUUUACACAGCCUGUGUGGUGGAGGCUUUCGCUUACCUGCAUUCCAAAGGCAUCAUCUACAGAGACCUCAAACCAGAGAACCUUAUACUGGACCACAGGGGCUACGCCAAGUUGGUGGACUUCGGCUUCGCAAAGAAGAUCGGGUUUGGGAAGAAGACGUGGACGUUCUGUGGGACGCCGGAGUAUGUAGCACCAGAGAUCAUUCUGAACAAAGGCCACGACAUCUCAGCUGACUACUGGUCACUAGGAAUCCUCAUGUUUGAGCUCUUAACUGGCAGCCCUCCAUUCUCCGGCCCUGACCCCAUGAAAACCUACAACAUCAUUCUUAGAGGCAUCGACAUGAUCGAAUUUCCAAAGAAAAUUACCAAAAACGCUGCCAAUCUAAUUAAAAAGCUAUGCAGGGAUAAUCCUUCUGAAAGACUGGGAAACUUGAAAAAUGGUGUCAAGGACAUCCAAAAGCACAAAUGGUUUGAGGGCUUUAACUGGGAGGGCUUGAAGAAGGGGACGCUGACGCCUCCUAUUAUCCCUAAUGUCUCAUCAGCAGUCGACACAAGUAACUUCGACAGCUUCCCAGAAGACAACGAGGACCCGCCCCCUGACGACAACUCUGGCUGGGAUGUUGACUUUUGAAGCCCUCCUCCCACUUAAAAACCCCUAAAGAAACUCUUCUUUUGCUGGCUUGGAGGUCAUCUUGAAGACAUAGCUGUGUUGUAAAAAAAAAAAACAAAAAAAAAACUGCAUUAAAAAUGAAAGAGAAGAUGUGGAAAAGAUAAACGGAUGGAUGGCAAACCCUCUGGGUCACCGAUAUGCCUUUAUUUCACUGUGGCUCUGGAUCAAGCAUUUAUAAUGGGACUGCUGUAGCACUUCUUCAGUGUUGUCUUACACCUGACUCGAAAGGCAAAGGCAAAGAAAGUGCAGGGAUAUACACACAUACACACAAUAAAAAAAAAAAAAACCCAAGGCUGAUAAUGGAGCCAGGUUUUUCCUAUCGAACAGGGAAAGCUGUGUAGAGAGAGGAUGAAUGUUCAGAGUCUAUCUAUUCUAAGUUUUAGGAUUAAGAUGAGCGUGAAAACUUUGAUGAAAAAAAAAAAUGAGAUGGAGGCUGAUAGCGAUGAUUUUUUUGGGGUUUCUCAGUAUUUGCUGGACUUUUUGCAGUUGCUCCCUGGCAUUUUGAACAGAGUCUUUACAACUUUUCACUGAAGGAAAGCAGAUCUACACACCGAGGUUGGCGAGUAAAAACCCGAUAUCAAGUGCUCUCAAGACUAAUCUGAAUGUCACUGAUUUUCUUUCUAAUAACACAUCCACACGUACAGUACAUAACAUUAGAAACAUGGCAUCUGAUCUCCACACACAUGAACGCAACAUGGCUGAAACCCAACACUUAGUACACUUUAUAUAAUGUCAACUUACUUUGAGAAGAAGCACAAACACUGUGCGUUCAGUUGAAACAGACAUGACUCUUCAAGUGCCCUGCUUCAAAUGUAAGGAAUCGCACACCGACACACGGGAAAUGUCAACUAGUAUUACCAUGAAGCAAUGUGUCGUUAUGCACUUAAGACCAUUAACUGAGAAAAUGUGCAGUUGCAGCUUGUUUUAGCAGUAGAUGAAAUCACACUCAUAUUUUUUGUUCUUUAAUAUGCUUUGGGGGAAAAAAAAA